AUGAAAUACCAAUACUUCAGAUGCGGUGAACCCAACAUGUACAUGCUACCUUAUCGAUGUACCGUCACAAAUGUCUCGCCCACCUCUUCCCUUCGCCUUGCACCGGCUCAACCAGGCGUAUGGUGUGAAGAUGAUCCCUCGAAAUGUACCCGCGGAGCGAAACAGAUGAUUUUUUGGAAUCAAGCCGAGGGUAAUAACAUCGAAGUCAGCGGUUCAGAUCUAUCUGGGCAUCCCCGCUCACCUGCAUACAAUGCGAAAUUGGGAUUCGCUGAUGGUGCGUCCGUUCUACAGUUUGGGGACAAUUAUUAA